UGAUAGCCACACGGUGUCGUUACAAGUAUUUCUGUGCAGUACUCUGCUCAGUACUUCCACUGGUUGCGGAUAUGAAACGAGAACAAAAUGCAAGAAAAAUUUCUCCAGUGUUGGUUUUUGUGUUUGUUUUUCCAACUGAAAUCAAUAGAGAGUUUUUCCUGGGGACUUAAUUUUCAGCCCUCUUGCGUACCUGUAAAUUUAUUGUGUGCCUACACGGAGGAAUGCUGUGCUGGAGUUUGUGUCCAAAGGGUCUACUUCCGGAUCCUGAAAAUCAAACAAUGCACGCUAGGGAACUUUUUGAACGGGUUGCCUCCAGAGUCUCAGCUUAACUACUUCCAGACGGCAGCACAGGCUAAGAACUUCACCAGGAUGAGAGAGAGACUUGAACUGCUCCAGGAACACCGAGAGCUGUAUCCCGACAGUCUCGCAGAACUUCCAGAACUCGCGUUUGAACAGAAUCUGCGUCCCGAAGUAAAGGAAGUUCUUCAAAAGGAAAAAUCAACACUAGACCAUGGGAUAAAAGAUGAUAACUCUAACUUUCUGAACAUCUACAAAGCAGUUAGUACCCCUAUUUUGACAACAGUCAGGCCGAAAGAUGAUCUCACGAAAGAGGAUCCUCUGAAAAACGAUCUACAAGAAGAUGCAUCAAAGGUGGCAUCCACUUUGGAUUUGGCACAAAUGAUGAUACACAACCAGUCGUUUGAUCGAGUCUCAAAGAGUUCAAGAAUGUACGGGGGACCACUGAACUUAACAACAAUUUUGAGAAUGCCUGCUGACAAAAUUCAUAAAACUUUACUCAAACAAUCUGAAAACAAAUAAUUCGAUGAAUGAAUAAUAAGAAUUUCUGUGGUGAAAGUAUAUAAAGAUAACAAAUAUGUUGAUUUAU